AUGGAUAACGGCCGCGACACUCAGUCUGCUCGCGGGGUGCCUAAUGCGGAGGCGGGCAGUGCGAACACCUUGGACGCGAUGUCCCCCAUGCCUCACAAAUUAUCUCCCGCCGAAGAACCCAUGCGAUUACAACAUCCUUUAUCGCUGCAUAUAGACGGCUUGAACGCUGUUACCGUCGCCCAUGGCGAGGGGAACUCGACACCGGCCUACAUUGAAUCGUCGGAGCGCGGUAGUGAUACUUCGGUUGACAGCCGACGACCAGAUCUUCACUCCGCUAGCACCCUCACAGACUCCCUUUUCAGUUUUCCUUCCUCUACAAAUGGCACCGAUCAACCGACACAACUCGAAACCUCUCACAAAACGGCUGAGCAUACACCGACAUCGCGGAUGGAUCAGGAACCACAGGAUACCCACAUGGCCCCGCAGACCCAGCCAGUGAAUGGAUGCUCAAUAGAUCGAUGGCAACCAUCACUACCGCCAAUUAAAGCUGGCAAUGCUUCUCUAUCACCCCCGCCCUCACCAAAGCAUUCGCGCGUGCAUUCGAACUUUGAUACUGGCUUGGCCCCCAGCCAAAAAAGAACAGCUGCCGGCGACCACAAGCCCACUAUAGAUACCCCAGUAACCCAUAGUACUGAUCUGAAUGGGGUUGCGAGGCGACGAUCGAAAAGUACUGGCUCUUCAUUAUAUGGGAACAGGAUUGCACAGCUUUCUGUACAUAUCCGUUCGCGUCUUUCAUAUGCAGCUGCCAAGGUCGAGCAGGCCCGGCAGUCUCAAUCUCGCGCAGGCACUCCACAGAAUACCCUUCGAACCCAACACAGCGCAUCGUCAUUAAGUCCAUCGGCACCGAGUGAUAUCGCGUCUUUACCAGCAGGAAACUCAACGCCAUUCUCGACAAACUCACAAUCAUCAUUCAAUAGAGCCUCUCACCACUCAAGUCACAACCGCUCACGGUCAGCAUUUGCGCCUGAUCAUUUCCCCGCUACUAGCAAGCUAGCACCGCCUGUCGAUAUCAUAUUAUCGAAUGGUCAGAGCCAACGCCGUCGACCAAAUCCUAAUGCAAUCUCUAAACCUUCAUCCUACACCCCCUUCACCCGCCACCGACGCCAUCAUUCUCACCAAGAGAAUGGGCUGAACAGGCCUCUCAACGGAGCAGCCAUAGGCCCUGGGACCCCAUCACUGGCACCAACACAUCUCAACGCACCGACAUCUACACCGAAUGGACUCUAUGGUGGUCGUACACCCUCCGAAAACACAUUAAUGGAGCAGGACGCCAUCGAAACUCUCAUGUUCAUGUCUAGCCCCGAAAACUCGGGAUACCGCUUCAGCCCUCGACCAUUGCAGCCAGAGAGCACACAAAGCAGCCUCAAUGAGUCUAUCAAUGCCAGCAAUGGAGCAUAUCAUCAUGAAAGCCAAGGCUCUCAGAGCUCCACGUCCCACAAUGGCCAAAGUUUGGAGGCGAAGCCAGGAAUGGAGGCCCAUGCGGGCGACGACAUUGAUCGUCUUUUGGAUCAAAUGGACAGUGACAGCGAAGACGAUGGACGCUUUGAGCAUAUUCGUCGUGGAAUCAAUGGGGCUCAUCCGUUCCGGCAUUCCCAACGCCCGAGAUAA